UUCUACACACUUUACUCUUUUCCUCUCUGACAAGAUGAAUCUUGCUGCUCUAAUGCAGGAGCUCAAAUGCUCCCUAUGCCGAGAUUUCUAUAAAACACCUGUCACAUUACCUUGUGGUCAUUCUUUCUGCCAAGAGUGUAUCCAACGCUCAUGGAUGAGAACAGAGCCUUCAACUCCUUUUUGCCCUGAAUGCAGAGAGACAUUUCCAAUGAAUGUGAAACUCAACAGCAACUCCAAGAUGAGGAACCUGGUGAAACAUAUCACUUCUCAACAAACACAGACAGAAGUUAGUAAGUAUAUCUGCUGUUACUGUGUGGGAAAGCAGAACACUGAUGUGAAGAAAAUGUGCCUGGUAUGUGAUGCAUUUCUUUGUGACAUUCACCUAAAAACAUCAUGUAAGACAGAAGACCAUGUCCUUAUGGAUACCACUGCCUCUCUGGAUAGAAGAAAGUGCCCCGUUCAUCAGGAGUAUCUCAAAUAUUACUGCUUAGAUGAUUGUACUUGCAUCUGCCCCUCUUGUAUCAUUUUAGGAGAUCACAGACAACAUAAAGUAACACUUGUAACAAAUAUCUUAGAGGAGCAAAAAGAUGAUCUUCAACGUGUUAUUAAUCAGCUCAAAUCAAAGGAGAAAGAGAUGCAGGAGAUCUGUCAUCAAACAAGAAGGCACAGAAAAGACAACAAAGCAAAGUCUGCGAGGAGUAAAAAAAAGAUGAGAAAGAUGUUUUCUGCCAUAAGAACACAAUUAAAAGUGGUGGAGCUUCAGGUUCUUGGUGAGAUCACCAGGCAAAAUAAGGAAGAUGCAGACAGGUUCUCUGACCACAUAAAGAAGCUAAAGCAAAGAAAAUCAGCCAUAUCUAAGAAGAUUGCAGACAUACAGGGUCUCUGCAAUAGUCUUGAUCCAUUGGCCAUUCUGGAGAACAAGAGCAAUGAAUUAAACAGCGCUAAAACGUAUGACAUUACAGACAUCCCAUGUUUAGGAGGUCUUGACGAUGUACUUGUUAUGGUCAACUUCCAGUUUGCUCUAAACAGAUUCCAACAUGAACUGACAACAAUCCAGCAAGAAAACGGUCUGUGGGGAGAAAUUACUUCAAAUCGUCUGAAGGACAUCGAUAGGUUUCUAGGGAGGAGUAUCUCUGAAGAUCAGUUCAAUGCUUUCCGUUUAGAUCCAGGGGGAAGGAAACACAAGAGCUAUAGAUUACAUCAGGUGGUAAGCUCCAGUGCUAUUUCUUCAGGAAGGUAUUAUUGGCAAGUGGAGAUUGAUGAUCUUCCAUGUUGGGGUCUGGGAGUAUCCUAUGAUAGAAUUAUAACAGAUGAUGUGUCUUUGUUAGGGUUUAAUUCUUAUUCUUGGUGCCUGUAUAAACCCAUGUUAGGGAAUGUUCAAGCUGUACACAACUGCCAGGAAUUCCCAGUUCAAGUAGAUUCUCCAAUUGACAGAAUAGUUGUAUACCUGGACUAUGAGAAAGGAGACCUUUCUUUCUGUCAGAUUUCUAGCAAUAUUAGGCACCUUCACACUUUCUCCACUACCUUCCAAAACCUUCUCCAUCCUGUUCUUUUUGUAGCUUUGGAUAAUGAGCAAAAGUAAAGGAGAACAGCACCCGAAAUAACAAAUGGAGUUUUCUAGGGUUCAUUUUCUGUCCACCUUCCAGGUUUUUCGUCUUCUGCUUUGGUUUGUGGGGUCAAAGUAACUCAAACAGAAACUAAGAAAAAACCAUAUUAAUGUUUAGUGUUCAAAUGUAGUAGCCUUGGACUUGGUGCCCCAUAUUAUGAGGUCCCUCAUCAUGGAAUCCCAAGGUCCCAAGCAUUCUGGGUAAAUAAUCCCAUAUAUGUGAGUUUGUAUGUAACACUGAGGGGCAGAUUUAUGAAGGGUCGAAUUUCGAGGGUUAAAAAACCCUCGAAUUCGACCCUCAAAG